AUGUCUCAGGAGAAAUUCACCUUUGUAGGUGACCAGGCCUUUGACGGGCCCGAAACUCAAAAUGCUGCCGCAGAAGUUGCCACCGGACCAGUUGGCGGCAACCUUGGCCGUACCUCUUCCUACAGCUCUGCCAACUCUGAUCUCGAUUCUGUCAACGAGUACAGAGGCUUCAAUGCCCACCAGGACGAGAUCAGAGAAUUGGCCAGAACUUUGUCCCACGGCUCGCACUCGUCCUUGAAAACCAGAGACUCUGCCGCCGAGUUGAAGAAGUACUUAACCCACAUGUCCAAUGUGCCUGGUGUAGUUCCAUUCAAUGAGAGCGAUGAAAUCUUGAACCCAGACUCCGACAGUUUUGACGCCAAGUUCUGGGUCAAGAACAUGCGUAAAUUGUUGGACUCCGAUCCUGAAUACUAUAAGCCCUCCAAAUUGGGGCUUGCUUACCGUAAUUUGCGUGCUUAUGGUGUUGCUACUGACUCCGAUUAUCAGCCUACUGUGACCAAUGCAUUGUUCAAAUUGGCUGUUGAUGGUUUCCGCCUGCUUAGAAAAGAUGACGAAAGUCGUUACUUUGACAUCUUGAAGACUAUGGAUGGUAUUUUCAAGCCCGGUGAGCUCACCGUCGUCUUGGGUCGUCCUGGUUCUGGUUGUUCCACCUUACUUAAAACCAUUGCGUGUAACACCUACGGUUUCCACAUUGGUGCCGAGUCUCACAUAACAUACGAUGGAAUUUCGCCCGCCGAAAUCGCUAAACACCACCGUGGUGACGUUGUAUACUCUGCAGAGACUGACGUUCACUUUCCCCACUUGUCUGUGGGUGACACCUUGGAAUUCGUGGCCAAAAUGAAGACUCCGCAAAACAGAGGACCUGUCUCGAGAGAGGAAUGGGUCAAGCACAUGGCCUCAGUUUACAUGGCCACCUACGGUUUGUCGCACACCCGUAAUACCCCCGUGGGUAAUGAUUUCGUCCGUGGUGUUUCUGGAGGUGAAAGAAAGCGUGUCUCCAUUGCAGAGGUAUCCUUAUGUGGUGCCAACGUACAAUGUUGGGAUAACGCCACCAGAGGUUUAGAUGCUGCCACCGCCUUAGAAUUCAUUCGUGCUUUGAAGACUUCUGCUGCUAUCUUGGACGCCACGCCCUUGAUUGCCAUCUAUCAGUGUUCGCAGGAUGCUUACAACUUGUUUGACAACGUCAUUGUCCUUUACGAAGGUUAUCAGAUCUUUUUCGGAAGAGCUGAUAAGGCCAAGGAGUUUUUCGUAGAGAUGGGUUACAAGUGUCCUUCUCGUCAAACUACCGCUGACUAUUUGACUUCAUUGACCAACCCAGCCGAAAGAGUGGUCAUUCCUGGUUUCGAGAACAAGGUUCCUAGAACCGCUAAGGAGUUCUCGGAUUACUGGCGUGCUUCUCCAGAGUACACCGCCUUGACCACCAAGAUCGAUGCUUACUUCAAAAAGGUUGAGACUGGUGAGACUCGUGAUGCCUACAAAGAAUCGCAUGUUGCCAAACAGUCCCAGCAUAUUGCUCCUACCUCCCCAUUCACUGUAUCCUUCACCAUGCAAGUCAAGUAUCUCAUUGGUCGUAACUUUUUGAGAGUGAAGGGUGAUCCGUCCAUCACAAUCUUCUCGAUUUUCGGUCAAGGUGCGAUGGGUUUGAUUUUAUCGUCUGUGUUUUAUAAUUUGAGUCAAACCACAGGCUCUUUCUACUACCGUGGUGCAUCCAUGUUUUUUGCUGUCUUGUUCAAUGCCUUUGCUUCUUUGUUAGAAAUCAUGUCUUUGUUUGAGGCCCGCCCAAUUGUCGAGAAGCAUAAGAAAUACGCAUUAUAUCGGCCCUCUGCGGAUGCUCUUGCGUCCAUCAUCUCAGAACUUCCUACAAAGCUUGUCAUGUCUAUCGCUUUCAAUUUUGCGUUCUAUUUCAUGGUCAACUUCAGACGUAACGCAGGAAGAUUCUUCUUUUACUGGCUCUUCUGUAUUCUAUGCACAUUGUGUAUGUCACAUAUGUUCAGAUCUUUGGGUGCUGUUUCCACCUCUCUUGCUGGUGCCAUGACCCCUGCAACUGUCAUUUUGUUGGCCAUGGUUAUUUUUACUGGUUUCGUCAUUCCAAAGCCAAGUAUGCUAGGAUGGUCAAAGUGGAUUCAAUACAUUAACCCUGUGUCUUACGUUUUCGAGUCCUUAAUGGUGAAUGAAUUCCACGACCGUGAGUUCAAGUGUGCUAGUUACGUUCCUGCUGGUCCCUCUUAUCAAAACUUUGCUGAUAGUCUGCGUGUUUGUUCUGUUGUUGGAGCUGUUCCAGGUAAUGAUUUCGUGAAUGGUACUGACUACUUGGCCCUUUCAUUCGAAUAUUUCAACAAGCACAAGUGGAGAAAUAUUGGUAUCAUCAUUGCUUACAUCGUUGUCUUCUUGUUCGUUUACAUUGGUUUGACUGAAAGUAACAAGGGUGCUAUGCAGAAGGGUGAAAUUGUUUUGUACUUGAGAGGUUCAUUGAAGAAGCUCAGAAAAACAACUGACAACAAGAAAGCCGUGACUAAUGACCCAGAAAACAAUCUUCCCAACGAGAAAAUCCCAUUCAAAGACUCUGCUGAAAGCUCUGGUGACAACUCAUCCAAGACUUCCGUCUCCAACAGUGCUAACAAGCAGAUUUUCCAUUGGAGAGAUUUGACUUACUCUGUGAAGAUCAAGUCUGAGGACAGAGUUAUUUUGAACCAUGUGGAUGGCUGGGUGAAACCUGGCCAAGUUACUGCAUUGAUGGGUGCUUCGGGUGCCGGUAAAACUACUUUGUUGAAUUGUUUGUCUGAACGUCUUACAAGUGGUACUAUUACUGACGGAGUCAGAAUGGUUAACGGUCACUCUUUGGACUCCUCUUUCCAAAGAUCUAUUGGUUACGUCCAACAGCAAGACAUUCAUUUGCCUACCUCUACUGUUCGUGAAGCUUUGACUUUCUCUGCUUACUUGAGACAGCCUAACCACGUUUCUAAGGCUGACAAGGAUGCUUACGUUGACUAUGUUAUUGAUUUGUUGGAAAUGACCAACUAUGCUGAUGCAUUGGUGGGUGUCGCUGGUGAAGGUUUGAACGUCGAACAGCGUAAGAGAUUGACUAUUGGUGUUGAGUUGGUGGCCAAACCUAAGUUAUUGUUAUUCUUGGAUGAGCCAACUUCUGGUUUGGAUUCUCAGACUGCUUGGUCUAUUUGUAAGUUGAUGAGAAAAUUGGCUAACCAUGGACAGGCCAUUUUGUGUACUAUCCAUCAGCCUUCCGCUAUUUUGUUGAAAGAGUUUGACCGUUUAUUAUUUUUGCAAAAGGGUGGUCAGACAGUGUACUUCGGUGACUUGGGUGAGAACUGUCUGACUUUGAUCGACUACUUCGAGAAGUAUGGUGCUCACCAAUGUCCUCCUGAAGCUAACCCCGCAGAGUGGAUGUUAGAAGUUGUUGGUGCUGCUCCGGGUUCUAAAGCCAACCAGGACUAUUUCGAAGUCUGGAGAAACUCUACAGAGUUCAAUGAGAUGCAAAAUGAAUUGGAUACUAUGGAAACAGAAUUGGUUAAGUUACCAAAGGAUGAGAGUCCUGACUCUCACAAGACUUAUGCAGCUCCAUUGUGGAAGCAAUACUUGAUUGUGACUUGGAGAACCCUUCAACAAGAUUGGAGAACCCCAGGGUACAUCUACGCAAAGAUCUUUUUGGUUGUUUCGUCUUCUCUAUUCAAUGGUUUCGCUUUCUUCAAGGCUGGUACUUCUUUGCAAGGUUUGCAGAAUCAGAUGUUUUCCAUUUUCAUGUUCUUUAUUCCUUUCAACACUUUGGUCCAACAGAUGUUGCCAUUCUACGUCAAGCAGAGAGAAAUCUACGAGGUCAGAGAGGCUCCAUCGAGAACCUUCAGUUGGGCAGCAUUUAUUUCUGCUCAAAUUACCUCCGAAGUUCCUUUCCAGAUUGCCAUCGGUACUUUGGCGUUCUUCUGUUGGUACUACCCUGUUGGUUUGUAUGUCAACGCUGAGCCAACAGGUGAAGUUCAUCUGCGUGGUGGAUUGAUGUAUUUACUCAUCAUUUCGUUCUUUGUCUACACGUCUACAAUGGGACAAAUGUGUGUGGCCUUUAACGAAUUGGCUGAUAAUGCCGCCAACUUGGCUAACUUGUUGUUCAUGAUGUGUUUGAACUUCUGUGGUGUCUUGGCCGGGCCAUCCGUCUUGCCAGGUUUCUGGAUUUUCAUGUACAGAGCAAACCCAUUCACAUACUUGGUGCAAGCUAUGUUGAGUACAGGUCUUGCAAAUACUAAUGUCGUUUGUCGUGAUCAUGAGUUCCUUAAGAUUGUACCACCACUGGGACAAUCCUGUGAGAGCUACAUGUCAACAUACAUCAGUACAGCUGGAGGAUACUUGGGAGCCAACACUAACACCACCAUGUGCUACUUCUGUCCGAUUUCUCUGACAAACACCUAUUUAGCAAGUGUGAACUCGUACUUCUCUGAAAGAUGGAGAAACUACGGUAUUUUCGCCGCUUUCAUUGUCAUCAACGUGAUCCUCACGAUAUUUUUCUACUGGUUAGCUAGAGUGCCAAAGGGUAACAGAGAGAAAAAGAGAAAGUAA